GUGUGACUUCGAUACGUCAUGAUCGGCUCAAAAAGUAUGCUUGGGCCGAAAAAUGCCCUGACCAUGCAUGAGGUUUCAGCCGGUUGCAUGGAAGUUGAGUUCUGUAAAUAUACCUUCAUAACACGAGCAGGUCUUGAGCCUCGCUCAAAUCGUCGACCACACCGCAUCCCAGCUCACCCCUGCCACAGAUGCCACGAGCAGUGCAAAGGAAGCACUGAAACCGAUACACACCAUUAUCGUCGAUACAGGUCCUAUCGUCAAACCCGACUUAUCCGUCAGUACGCUUCUUAGCUAGGCCGUCGGGCUGUAGACUCUCCCGUCUACUACUACCAAGAUUCAAGACGCCGCGACGCGUAGCAGUAUAGAUU